CCAAUUCAUUAGAUCUCAAAAAAAUGAAGUUGACAAAAUAUUUAGUUUCUAAAUUUGUUGAUCCAAAAAUGUGGAUGCUUAUUGUUCUUAUCUUUGGUUUGAUAGUGGGGACUCAAUCAUCCACAAUGACACCCUCACUUCAAACAGAAGCAAGUGCUAUAUUGAAUAGUGGAUGGUGGCACACAUCUAAUGAACGUUUCAGCAUCUCUAUUUAUUGUAAUUGGUCUGAUAUAAGUUGCAACAAGGAUGGAAGCAUAAAAGCAAUCCAUAUAGAUCCUCAGUUUACAGAAACGGUGUCGGGCUAUCCACAAUUUGCAACUCUCAACUUGUCUUCUUUCCAUAAUUUAGAAAGCCUUGUUAUCAAGUCAAUGGGGAUACAAGGGACUAUCCCAAAAGAAAUUGGUCUUCUCUCCAACCUCACUUACCUUGAUUUGUCUCAUAAUUCUCUUUCAGGUGAGAUACCUCUUUCACUAAAAAAUCUCACAAAACUCACUUAUCUUGAUCUUGGUCAUAAUUAUUUUUUCAGUGAAAUACCUCUUUCACUAGGAAACCUUGGAAGAUUAGAACACCUAGACAUCUCUUCCAACGACUUUUAUGGUUUCAUUCCUCAUGAGUUGGGAUUCCUUAAACUUCUUAUUGUAUUAAAUCUAUCAAACAAUUAUGGAAUUGAAGGUGAGAUUCCUCCUUCAAUAGGAAAUCUCACCAAACUCACUCAUCUUAAUAUGUCUGCCAAUUCUCUUGUAGGUAAGAUACCUCAUUCACUAGGAAAUCUUAGACAAUUAGAGUACCUAGACAUCUCUGGUAACAAUAUUAAUGGUUCCAUUCCUCCCGAGUUGUGGUUCCUAAAAAAUCUCAGUGUAUUAAGCCUAUCUAACAAUAACUUAAAAGAUGAGAUACCUCAUUCAAUAGAAAAUCUCAAACAAUUAGAGUACCUUGACAUCUCUAAUAACUACAUUGAUGGUGAGAUACCUCCUUCACUAGGAAACCUUAGACAAUUAGAGUACCUAGACAUCUCUUUUAACAAUAUUCAUGGUUCCAUCCCUCGCGAGUUGGGGUUCCUGCAAAAUCUCACUAAACUAAGUCUAUCUAACAAUAGAUUCAAAGGUGGGAUACCUUCUUCAAUAAGAAAUCUCAGCCUAUUAGAGGAGCUAGACAUUUCUCACAACAACAUUCAAAGAUUCAUUCCUCUCGAGUUAGGGUUCCUUAAAAAUCUGAUUAUAUUAGAUCUAUCUUACAAUAGCUUCAAAGGUGAGAUACCUUCUUCAAUAGGAAAUCUCAGCCUAUUAGAGGUGCUAUGCAUUUCUAACAACAACAUUCAAGGAUUCAUUCCUCUUGAGUUGGGGUUCUUGAAAAAUCUCACUAGAUUAGAUCUAUCUAACAAUAGACUCAAAGGUGGGAUUCCUUCUUCACUAGGAAAUCUCAACCAAUUAGAAGAGCUAAACAUUUCUAACAGCAACAUUCAAGAAUUCAUUCCUCUUGAGUUGGGGCUCCUGAAAAAUCUCACUAGAUUAGAUCUAUCUAAAAAUAGACUCAAAGGUAUGAUACCUUCUUCACUAGGAAAUCUCAACCAAUUAGAAGAGCUAAACAUUUCUAACAAUAACAUUCAAGGAUUCAUUCCUCUUGAGUUGGGGUUCCUUAAAAGUCUGAUUAUAUUAGAUCUAUCUUACAAUAGACUAAAUAGAAACUUGCCCAUUUCCCUUUCAAAUCUCACACAAUUAGAUUACAUUGACAUCUCUAACAAUUACCUCACUGGUUCCCUUCCAUCUAACUUUGACCAAUUAAAUAAAUUGCGAGUUUUGUGGUUAAGCAAUAAUAUUCUCACAGGAACGGUUCCCCAAUCUCUCUGUCAUGUCACUUAUGUGGACAUUUCCUACAAUUAUUUGAAGGGUCCUAUUCCAAAUUGUAAUGAUUCUCACAGGAUAAUAGGGAACAAGGAUCUAUGUACUGCCAGUGCCAUUUUAUAUGAACAAAUCAACUUCAAAUUCCAACCUUGCAAGAAAAGUAAAAAAGCAAAUCACAAUGUCGUCGUUGUUGUUGUUACUAUCCUUAUGAUUUUUAUAUUAGGAUUCUCACUUCUCAUAUGCUUGAAACUUCGUCAUAAUUCUAUUAAGAGCAAGCAUGCAAACACAACCACCACAACAAAAAAUGGGGAUUUGUUUUGCGUAUGGAAUUAUGAUGGAAAAAUAGCAUAUGAUGACAUUAUCAAAGCAACAGAAGACUUUGACAUGAGAUAUUGCAUUGGAAGAGGAGCAUAUGGAAGUGUUUACAAGGCACAAUUACCAUGCGGAAAAAUUGUUGCCCUAAAAAAACUUAACAACUACGAAGCCGAGGUUCCUUCUUUCGAUGAAAGUUUUAGAAAUGAAGUGAGAAUACUAUCAGAAAUAAAGCACAAGAAUAUUGUGAGGCUUCAUGGAUUCUGCUUGCACAAAAGAAUAAUGUUUUUGAUUUAUCAGUAUAUGGAGAAAGGAAGCUUGUUUUCUGUCUUGUAUGAUGAUGUAGAAGCCAUGGAAUUCAAUUGGAGAAAAAGGCUUAACAUUGUUAAAGGAGUUGCAUUUGCUCUAUCUUAUCUUCAUCAUGAUUGCAACCCUUCGAUAGUGCAUAGAGAUGUAUCGAGUAACAAUAUCUUGUUAAACUCUGAGUGGCAGCCUACUGUUUCUGACUUUGGCACAGCUCGACUCCUUCAACAUGAUUCAUCCAAUCGAACAAUAGUUGCUGGAACAAUUGGAUAUAUAGCUCCUGAGCUUGCUUAUACCAUGGUUGUGAGUGAAAAGUGUGAUAUAUACAGUUUUGGAGUGGUGGCACUAGAAUGUUUAAUGGGAAGACACCCUGGAGAAAUAUUGCAAUCACUUCAAUUAGCAUCAACCGAAAGUAUGAAAUUAUGUGAAGUAUUAGACCAACGUCUCCCAUUUCCAAAUAAUGCGAUGGUUUUACUUGACAUAAUUCGUGUAGCCGUAAUAGCAUUUGCAUGCUUAAAUUUCAAUCCUAGCUCUCGUCCAACAAUGAAAUGUGUGUCACAGAGUUUUCUCUCUGAGCUUACACCAUCAACCAUUCCUUUAAGUGAAAUUUCAAUGCAGCAACUUAUGAGUCAAGAACUCAAAACAUUAUUUCAUAUUAUCCCAUGAAAGGAAAACUUAUGUGUUUAAAUGCAGCUACUGUGUUGCGAGGCCUAUGUUGCUGUGAGUGACUUGUGGUUCUGAUAAAUUUAGGAGUAUGAUGUGGGGAGUGUUGUGUGGUGUAACAGGGUUUUUGGAUAGGAUUUAAAUAAUGGUUGCGGUCAAGGUUACGUUAAGGAUUUUGCAAUUUUGGCUGCUAUGUCUAAUGUCUGUCAUGUUAUAGAUUAUUGUUGCUGCGGUGUGAAUUAUUCAUAAACGUGCACAAAUAUUUUUAAAAUUAUUUGUACUAUCAUAUAAUGUAUAAUAAUAACAUGAUUUAUCAUUCCUUCAAAAAAAAAAAACAUGAUUUAUCAUUGUUUCUUCAUAA